AUGGCCACCACUAGUGCCACUGUUAUAUCUUCUUCUCCCUUAUUCUUCAACCCUUCAAUUUUCAGGCCUGCUUUAAGAAUUUGGCACUGCGUUGUGAAUAUUUUGAUGGACGUUCCCCAAGCUGUUGACAUUAAUGCAAUGUGUGACGAGGGGGCAUGUGUGAUGGGCGCAGUCGAUUUUGGAGAUGUAGCCGAUAUAACGAAAAAUGAUAUUUUAAGGAAGGUGUUUCGUAGCGAAGGUGAUGCAUACGUGUUUUAUAAGAGAUUAGGAAAAUUCUACAGGUUUGGUAUUAGAAGGGGAGAUAUGUUCAAGGAUGAGAAGGGUAAUUUGGUUCAGAGAAGAUUUUUUUGCAAUAGAGAGGGACAGAGAGAUAAGAAACAUUAUAACAGGAUCGACAGGAAGAGGUCUCACAAGCCAGAGACAAUGACGAAUUGUGAAGCAAGAAUCUGUAUAUAUUUAGAUAAGGAAAGCUCAUUGUGGAAGGUCAAGAAAAUCAUUUUGAACCACAACCACGACAUGACUCAUCCUGGAAUGGUUCAUCUAAUUACAGGUUUUCGUUCGGUGACGGAUGCUGCGAAAGCCCAAUUAGAUGGGUUUCAAGGUUGUGGCAUCUCCACGGCAAAGAUAAUGCGGUACAUGGCUGGAGUAUCUGAAGGGUAUUCAUUGGUAGGUUUUUUGAAGAAAGAUGCUUACAACUACGUGGAUAAGAGGCGUCAUGCAAAGAUAGUUGACGGAGACGCGAACGCAGCUAUAGUGUACUUGGAGGAUAAAGUCGAUGCAGACCCGACUUCGAUGGCAAGGUAUAAAGUGACAGACGACGAGAUGCUAGCGAAUUUACUUUGGGCCGACGGUGGCAACAGGAAAGAUUACCAAUACUUUGGAGACGUACUUGCAUUUGACUCAACCUACAAGAAGAACAAAUACAAGAGGCCACUGGUGAUUUUCUCAAGAUGUAAUAACCACAAGCAAACAUGUAUUUUUGGGUUUGGUUUGGUGUUAGAUGAGAGCAUUGCAUCAUAUACGUGGCUGUUGGAGAAUUUCUUGGAGGUGAUGUGCAGCAAGCAGCCGUUUGUUGUUGUCACAGACAGUGAUGACUCAAUUUGA